AUGCAGGGGCGGACUGACCAUUUGGAAACUUGGGCACUGCCCGAGGGCCCAGGGUCAGUAGGGGGCCCCAUGAGAUGCCCCUGGUACCUUUUUCAUAGGCUUUUUUGAGUUUGGGCAAGGACACAGGAGCCCCAUGAUCCCCUAUUGCCCGGGGGCCCUAUGAGUUGUAAGUCUGCCCCUGGUCAGAUGAGGAUUUUUUGAGUUUGGGCAAGGACACGGGCCCCAUGAUCCCCUAUUGCCCCAUGAGUUGUCAGUC